UGGUUGUUCUGGUGUGAUGGUGAAUACGAGGUUGUCCUGAUGUUGGAGGUUUCGGUGUGAUGGUGAAUAUGAGGUUGUCCUGAUGUUGGUUGUUCUGGUGUGAUGGUGAAUAUGAGGUUGUCCUCUCUGUGCUAAACUGCUGGAAAGAAGAACCAAUAAAUCUCUGACUGUCUGAGCUCGGAGCUGUCGUGUUUCAUCACACCGGCGGCUCUGUGCAGAUGAUUUACAGAGGUUUGAGGUUGAUUGUAGACAAAUAGCUGUCGUGUCAGUCCCACAUCCCCCCCUGCACACAGACAGACGUCUGCCUUCUAAAAGCUAUGCUCAAGGUGCUUUUGUUUCAGCAUGCCAGAAUUAAUGAAGCUAUGUUUCAUUCCAGUGUGUCAGGUGUCAGUGUAAAGUGAGAUCCAGAAGAAUCCAGCUCUAAACCACAACUGUGUGUUCUGCCAUCGAGGAAUAUUAAAGGUGUAUUGUAGUGUAGAGUGCAGGCAUUGUGGGAGGUGUUUACAUGAGUACAUAAUCUGUAAUAAACCCUUUUUAACACUCAUGCUGUCUUCACUACUUAGUAAUAAAUAUUCCAGGCUACAGAUUUAGAUUAAAAACAGACAGUGUGUCUUUCUUCUGUCUGUGUUUCAGUUAGCAAUUUAAACUGUAUUGAUGGAACAGAGCCACAGAGAUCACGCCUCCUUCACUGAGACUGACAGACACAGAGAUCACGCCUCCUUCACUGAGACUGACAGACACAGAGAUCACGCCUCCUUCACUGAGACUACAGACACAGAGGCCACGCCUCAUUCUCUGAGACUGACAGACACAGAGGCCACGCCUCCUUCACUGAGACUGACAGACACAAAGACCACACCUCCUUCACUGAGACUGACAGGUACCAAGGCCACACCUCCUUCACUGAAACUGACAGACACAAAGGCCACACCUCCUUCACUGAAACUGACAGACACAGAGGCCACACCUCCUUCACUUAAACUGACAGGUACUGAGGCCAUGCCUCCUUCUCUGAGACUGACAGACACAGAGGCCACGCCUCCUGAAACUGACAGGUACCAAGGCCACAUAUCCUUCACUGAAACUGACAGGUGCCAUGGCUACGCCUCUUUCGCUGAGACUGACAGGUACAAAGGCCACACCUCCUUCACUGAGACUGACAGACACAGAGGCCACGCCUCCUUCGCUGAGACUGACAGACACAGAUGCCAUGCCUCCUUCACUGAGACCCACAUUUACCAAGACCACGCCUCCUUCGCUGAGACUGACAGAUACCGGCAGGCCACGCCCCCUUCACUAAGACUGACACACAGAUGCCACGCCUCCUUCGCUGAGACUGACAGAUACAGACAGGCCACGCCCCCUUCACUAAGACUGACACACAGAUGCCACGCCUCCUUCACUGAGACAACAAGUAUUUUUUAUAUUGGAAAAAUGUUCAGCAAAAACUUUAAGCCACAUCAUAUUAUGCAGUAGUAUCUCCUGUACCACACACACACACACACACACACACACACACACACACACAUGCUUUUUUGCUGUUUAAAUAACAUUUUUUGUUACAAAAAAGAGACUAAAACACAUUUUUACAGAACUGGAGAUGAAAAUUUCAA